CCUGUUUAGCUAUUCCCAUGUGAUGUGACACCCACUCUGGAGUCUGAACCAACCAAUCCUCAUUCUCUCCUUCAAAAUCCAUCUCUCCAUCAUCUCUCAAUCUCUCCAUCAUGGCCCUCUCAUUCACAGGAAUCACAGCACCAAGCAUCCCCAACCCCCUCCUCCUCCUCCCAAAAAACCCUAUCACUUUCCCCAAACCUCUCAAACUCCAUCAUCAUCAUCAUCAUCAUCAUCAACAACGCUCCUUUCUCCUCCCUCUCCGUGCAUCCACCGUCACCACUCACCACAAUGCCUUCACCGUCGCCGACAUUGUCACUCCCGAGUUCUUCAACGGCAUCAUCUCCAAAGCCUCGGCCAAAUGCGAGGGCAAAGGUUUCUACACUCUCGACGCCUUCUUCAAAGCCCUAGAAUCUUACCCUGACUUCGCCCGCGCUGGCUCCCCCGACGACUCCCUCCGCGAGAUCGCCGCCUUCUUCGCCCACGCCACUCUUGAAACCGGCCACUUUUGCUACAUUAACCAAGUAAAUGGCAAAGUAUACUGUGAGGAGAAUCCAGACUACCCAUGCAACCCGGAAAAGAAGUACCUCGGCCGAGGACCUCUUCAGUUGACAUGGAAUUACAAUUAUGGUCUCGCCGGCCAGAAGCUCGGCUUCGAUGGCCUUAACUCGCCGGAGCUUAUCUCACAGGAUCCGGUCUUGUGCUUCAAAGCAUCACUCUGGUUCUGGAUGACUUACGUCCACAAGCGCUUCAUCUCCGGCGAAGGUUUCGGUGACACCAUUCGAGUUAUUAACCCCGGUGUGUGCAAUGGCCGGUUUCCUAAAGAUGUCAAAGGCCGUGUAGGUUAUUAUCUUGAUUAUUGUGGCAUGUUUGGUGUGCAACCUGGAGAUAAACUGUGUUGCUAAAUGGUGUUUUAUGUAUUGCUUGGACGUGUUUGGUAUUUUAGGUUCUCAUGCUGCUGAGUAUGUAUUUUUAAUAAUUAUGACCAUCCCUGCAAUAAAUAAAGUAGUUCGUUGUUUA